AGUAGUGGAAAACAAGAUGGCGACGUCUAAAUUGUAAAUGAGUUUAUCUUAGUAGAAAUCGGCCUCUGGGGCAUUGGUGAGGUGUUACCUGUCCUCUGAUAGUUUAAUAAACUUAGAGCUAAGAUAAAGUCACCUUAUGCGUUGUUAACGCUUCAAAGAUCUCUGGACAUCUUGGUUCUUUCCUUCAGCAACCUCCGGUUAAAGCCGGGGAGGCGAAGUUCUGAAUUUCAUUAUGGACAGUAACGUAAGUGGGGAGUAUAUCUCGACCAUGGAAAAUAUGGAUCCGACUUUGUCAGAACUAGGAGACGAAUUUACACUGGGAGACAUCGAUGAGAUGCUCCAGUUCGUCAGCAACCAGGUGGGGGACUUCCCCGACCUCUUUGAGGACCAGAUGUCCUCUGCAGGCUCCCUACAGAACGGUGCUGGGGCCACCCCACGCCCACCGCCUCAAGCCCCACAGACACCCCAGACCACUACCACAGUUUACCAGMACAGCAAYGUGACCCUCAYCCCCACCCAAACACUGGCCCCCCARUCCCUGCCCCUCACCCCACCACAGACCCCAGUCCAGACGUUCUCUUCGGGGCAGCAUCAGAUCCGCGCCCCUCCCCUGCUCCAGCCCCGGCCCCAGAUGCAGGCCAUCCAGCCCCAGCCCCAGCAGCAACCCACCAUCCAGGUCCACAGCCAGAGCAUCCCCAUGCAGACGCAUAGCUUCCCUGUGCACACCCUGGUCCAGACCCACAACCAGGCUCUGCCCAUCCAGUCCCAGGCCCAGACGGUGAUGAUCACAUCCAACGGCGGGCAGUCCCGCUUCAUCCAGAACCCUGUCAUCUGCCACCAAAGUCCCACUACAAGCUUCCAAGUCCUCCAACCGCAGAUGCAGAGCAUAAUGACAUCAUCACAGGUUCAACCCAUGACCAUCCAGCACCAGAGACUACUGCAGACGGGCCAGACCAUCCAGACUCUCUCCACCGCGCCUACAGUCCACACCAUGCAACAGCAGGUUCAACAGGUACCCCUUCUGGUCCACCAGCCUCAGAUUCUGAAGACAGAGAAUCUGGUUCUGACCACCCUGAAACCUGAUGGGACACAGGUUCUGUCCACCAUGCAGAACCCUGGGAUCACCACCUUGACCCAUCCUAUCCAGACACAGACUCUACAGGUACCGACUCUGAUGGGCAGUAACAUCCUGACCACUGUGCCUGUCAUGAUGGGGGGUGGAGACAAGCUGCCCAUCAAACAGCUGUCGUCAGGCACCUCCCACUGUGUAGGUGGGAACAGGCAGGUGAUGGACCAUGGGAUGGGGAUGGUGAUGGGUCCAGGGGGGGUGAUGAAGGAGGGGGAGAGGAGAACCACCCACAACAUCAUUGAGAAGAGGUACCGCUCCUCCAUCAAUGACAAGAUCCUGGAGCUGAGAGACCUGGUCAUGGGCGGCGACACCAAGAUGCACAAGUCAGGAGUGCUGAGGAAAGCCAUCGACUACAUCAAAUACCUGCAGCAGGUCAACCACAAACUACGGCAGGAGAACCUGGCCCUCAAGAUGAACAGCAAGAACAAGUCAGUGGUGCUGUCUGACGAUGUGGAGAUGAAACCAGAGAUGCUGAUGAUGUCACCUCCAGCCUCGGAGUCUGGUUCAGGAUCUCCUCGUGAGUUCUCUCCAUACUGCAUCGACUCCGAGCCUGGCAGUCCCUUACUGGACCAUGAGCAGGUGAAGAGUGAGCCUGGCUCACCAUCUUCCGUGGGAGUGAUGGAUCGCUCUCGUCUCCUCCUCUGCGCCCUCACCUUCUUCUGCCUCUCCCUCAACCCCCUGCCCUCUCUCCUGGGAUCUGAGGCCCAGGGCAGCUCUGGCUUGACCUCUGCACACGGAGCCUCCAGGACGCUGUUCUCAUUACCCAGCCAGACCCAGAACUUUGCGACCUGGCUUUGGUGCCUGUUGCCAUGGUUGACGGUAUGGAUGUUGAGCGGUGUUGGGGCAGUGUGGGGCUGUGUUAGGGUCCUCUACCUCUGGGAGCCUGUCACCCCCCUCCACUCGCCCAAAUCCGUCUCCUUCUGGAGGCAGCGUAAACAAGCAGACCUACAUCUCAACAGAGGUGACUAUACAGCAGCCAUGGCCAGUUUGAAAACCUGCCUGUCAGUCUUGACCAGAGYSCUGCCCACCACCAGUUGGGACCUCCUCUUCUCMCUCUCCUGGAACCUGAUUCGCUACUGUCUGCAUCACCCCACCCCUCUGGGCUGGCUGGUUCGCCAGGUUGGUGGGAAGCACAAGGGGGAGGAGUCCAAGACCAGCUCCCGGGACGCAGCUCUGGUCUACCAUAGGCUGAGCCAGCUGCAGCUCACAGGGAAGCUUCCCCAGCGCAGUGGCCUGUGGGCUCUGUCUCUGUCUAUGAGUGCCGUCAACCUCAGUGAGAGCGCCCAAAGCAAGAUGGCCCCUGCCCAGCAGGCCCAGAUCUAUGUCACCGCGGCAACAGCUCUGCGCACUGUACUGGGCCACCACCUCUCCUGCCUGCCUGGUUACCUGUUGAGCUGUGCUGAGGGUGUGGCCAGCCAAUCAGACUCAAAGCCCAUCCCUGACUGUCUGCACUGGCUCUUCACCCCAUUGGGCAGGCAGUUCUUCCUCAGCUGUGAUUGGUCUGUGAAGUCUGAGAGCCGAGAGGGCGUGUACACUUCCCAGAGAGACCCAGCUGACCCCAUCGCCCAGCUGCAUCGUUGUUUUUGUGAGAAGCUGCUGGAGAGAGCUGUGCACUCCCUCAUCCAGCCCCACACUGACACGGAGGCAGGCAAGCCUAAGAAUGACUCGGGGGAGUUCUCCAGUGCCUUGGAGUUUCUCCAGCUAUUGAACAGCUGCACAGAGGAGUCCUCUUCUCCUCCCUUCCCAGCCCCACCUAAUCACACCACCAUGCCAGUGGCAGACCCAGUGAGUCGCUGGUGGGCAUUGGUCCUAAAGGCUGCUGCCCAUUGGCUGCAAGGAGAUGACGUCGCUGUGAGGUCACUGCUGGCAGAGGCAGAGCGCAUGCCCAGAGCGCUCCAUACCCUCGAUCAUCCGUUGCCCAAGGCUGUGCUGCUGCUGUGUAAGGCGGUGCAGGUGAGCCUGUCUCCUCUGAAGGGAGAGGGGGCGGUGGCCUGUUUGUCUCAUUGCGACAGGGCCAGCAGCUACCUGCGCACCAGCAUCUCUGUUCCCCUGUCAGCCCAGUCUGGAAACGGGCUCAACAAGGGGGUGGAGCUCCUGGUCUGUGACCUCUUGCUGACCCUCAGGACCAGCCUAUGGCAAAGAGGAAGCAGCAGCAAUGGGGAGUCAGGCCCCGCCCCUGGCUCUCAAUUGGCUGGAUUCCAGCGGGACCUGAGUUCAUUGCGAAGGCUGGGCCAAUGCUACAGACAGGCACAACACAAGGUGUUCCUGCAUGAGACCACAGUGAGGCUGAUGGCUGGUGCCAGUCCCACCCGCACACACCAGCUACUGGAGCACAGCCUCCGACGCAGGACCAACAACCCUGGAUACACCACAGCAGAGGGUGACUGUGUUCUGGGUGAGCGUGAAAGGGCACAUGCCAUCCUGCUGGCGUGCCGCCACCUACCCUUACCCCUGCUGACCCCACCAGGGCACCGUGCCCGCCUGCUGGCUGAGGCCAAGCGCACCCUUGAGCGGGUGGGCGACCGCCGCUCCCUACAGGACUGUCAGCAGAUCCUGCUCCGCCUCAGCGGGGGCACCACCAUCGUGGCUUCCUGAUAAUUCCCCCUCAGACAGAUCUCAGAUCAGUUAGACCCACACACAUUAACGCUGACUUGUGAUCUACUCACUCAGAGUACUGAUCAGUGGUCAGUGAUGAGUUAUUCUCCACCACAUAUUAGAA